UGGCGAAGGCAGUCGUUGCAAGUGGUGUUGUGAGUCUCGCGCCAGCGCCUGCGCCUGCGCAAGCACGAAAGCUCAGUGCUCGACCAACGGCGGUGGUUGACGGACGUGUUUGGCUCCCGGCAUGGUCGGACUAUGGACGUGUGGAGCGGCCGUCCGCGCGGCUCGUGCGUGCACGCAACUCCUCUGAACGACGAAUUCACACUGACUUUCUACGAUCCCAAGGAGGAAGCGCCGCCGCCCCAACCCAAACAAGACAAGCAGUACGCACCGGACAGCGCCAGCGCAGGCGGCGGGAAAGCGGCUUCGCCGUGCAAGGUGUGCGGCGACAAGGCGUCCGGCUACCACUACGGCGUUACCUCGUGCGAGGGAUGUAAGGGUUUCUUCCGGAGAAGCAUCCAGAAGCAGAUAGAGUACAGAUGCCUGCGUGACGGCAAGUGUGUGGUGAUCAGGCUGAACCGGAACCGCUGCCAGUUCUGCCGUUUCAAAAAGUGCCUUACGGUGGGCAUGAGCCGGGACUCUGUCCGCUAUGGUCGUGUGCCCAAGCGUCCUCGCGAAGUGUCCCAUGCUGAGAGUAUGACAGAUAUAGCUCGCAACUUGAGCAUCUCUGGAAUUGUGCCCCUGUCCAAUAUUGAAGACAUGGAUCCCGAAUCACUGCGCCUCGGUGUCACCAAGGAGCUGAUAAAGCUCGUCACUUCUGCUCAUCGCAGCUACAACACCUAUACUGAUGAACUGCGUCGCAGUCUGCAGCAUCAGCAUCGUCAUCUGGCACUGAAGGCGACUCAGUCGGUUGACGACUCGGACAACGAAGGUUCGCCAUCGGACGGCAACGGCGAGGAGGCCGCGAGCUCCACCACUGACAGGGUAACGGACAGCCGCUCCGUGCUGUGGUGCAACCUGGCAUUGCGCAUGACGCCGGCUGUACAGCAGGUGGUGGAGUUUGCCAAGCGACUGCCAGGCUUCCACACCCUGCCGCAAGACGACCAGCUGAUUCUCAUCAAGCUAGGGUUCUUCGAAGUGUGGCUGACCAGAGUUACGCGCCUCUCCACCCCAGAGUGCGUGGUCUUUGAUGACGGCACCACGCUAACUCGGAAGCAGCUUGAGGUCAUAUACGAUCCUAUGUUCACCUACGCCUUGCUCGGUUACGUACGCACUAUGAACAGGUUGGCCAGUUCCGAGGAAGAGAUAGCUGUGUACACAGGCACCUUGUUGCUUUGCCCCCUGCGCGCCGGCUUGGCUGACCCGGAACGCAUCAACUCCUUGCAUCGCGCCAUGGGCGACGCUUUCCAGCAGCUUGUGGUGAGCAGCGGCAUCCAAGACGUAUCUGGUCGCCUGGAAGCUUUCGUAUCAGCGGCAGCAGAAGUUCGAGCGUUGGGCGCGCGCCACCAUGAAUUACUAGGCUGGUGCCGUAAUCAGUGGCCUCGUCUCCUUCUGCCCGCGCUGUUCUCAGAGAUAUUCGACAUCCCCAAACUGGAGGACGACGAAAAUGGUGACGGUGAACGCCCCACUACCACCAUGCAACUCAACCAAAUGUAGAUCGGAAAUAAAAGAAAUAUGAGAAAAAUACACUUGGGAGCAAUGAGUCCGGAUCGCUUGAGACCGCGGCAUUUUAUGAAAUUUUGUGUCGAUUUUAAAAGUUAUUUUUUUUAUUUUACUUUGUUGAUCGUAUAUA